AGCAGCUGUGGGUACGCGCUGAUGUGAGAUGAGAUCACCCGAAGCGGAUAGAUUGGAAUAGAAAUCUUGGUCUAGUUUCAUCACGUCACACCUACAUUAACACGGGGAGCCUUCGAUUACAUGUUGACAAGUUUAACUCAGCUGGUCGAUGCGGAGGCAGGUUUUGAGGGACACUUGAGCGGGCUGAGUGGACCGAGUGUUCAGAUAAUGGGAAUUUCACAUUGACUAAUCAAAAACCGUGACCGCACCAGAUCACCAAAUUAAAGCAUUCCUGCAUUCACCAUCACUGCCAGCGACGGGGACCUUCUUACACAGUGAAAGAUGAAUCGCCUGUCUUUGAGUGAGCUAUGCUGCCUCUUCUGCUGUCCACCGUGCCCAAGCAAAAUCACCUCCAAGCUGGCCUUCCUUCCCCCGGAGCCCACGUACACCUUGAUGUGUGACGAGAGCGGCAGCCGAUGGACACUCCACCUCUCUGAACGUGCGGAUUGGCAGUACUCUGCCCGGGAGAAAGAUGCCAUUGAGUGCUUCAUGAUUCGGACAUCCAGGGGGAACCGUAUUGCUUGCAUGUUUGUACGAUGUUCUCCCAAUGCACGUUACACGUUGUUGUUUUCCCAUGGUAACGCUGUGGACUUGGGCCAGAUGAGUAGCUUCUACAUCGGCCUGGGCUCCCGCAUCAACUGUAACGUGUUCUCAUAUGACUACUCUGGUUACGGGGCAAGCUCAGGGAAACCUUCAGAGAAGAAUUUAUACGCUGAUGUGGAUGCGGCUUGGCAUGCACUACGAACAAGGUAUGGUAUCAGGCCGGAGAACGUGAUAAUUUAUGGUCAGAGCAUUGGCACAGUCCCUUCAGUUGAUCUAGCUUCUCGCUACGAGAGUGCUGCGGUCGUCCUACACUCACCUCUGACCUCAGGCAUGCGGGUGGCUUUUCCAGACACCAAGAAGACCUACUGCUUCGAUGCAUUCCCCAACAUUGAUAAAAUCUCUAAAGUGACCUCUCCGGUGCUAGUGAUCCAUGGUACGGAGGAUGAGGUGAUUGAUUUUUCCCAUGGACUUGCCCUGUACGAGCGCUGCCAACGGCCUGUGGAGCCGCUCUGGGUGGAGGGGGCUGGCCACAAUGACGUAGAGCUGUAUGGACAGUACUUGGAACGCUUGAAACAGUUUGUGGCCCAUGAAAUUGUAAACUUAUAAAUGGACUUCAAGAUUAGGACUCACCAGUUAGCAACUGUGAACUUGACUGUGUGUGUGUGUGUCUUAAUUAUUGAGUGAGUUGCACUGCUCAGUGGUAUAUAGAAUAUGGGAGGAGUGUCCUUGCUGCCUUUCUUAGGGGUGUAUUUGUUUACCUGUAGUGGUGUGAGUGAGGGGUCAGUUGAUUCAGUGGCCCAACAGCAGUUUCUGCUUGUGUCUUCAUACUAUGUACUAUAGAAUCAAACCCAUUCCAUUUAAGUCAGAUUUUUGUCUUGAAUUUGCUGUAUGCCUGUUUUAUAAGACCAUGUGGUAAACACAAUGGAGUACUCUACAAUGCAACAGAUGCAACAUUCUGAUACAAACAUUUGCCAUACAGGUGAUGCCAAAUAUUCUGUAUAUAUAACUGAUGCAUUACGGUUUAAAUCUUCUCAGCUUAAAUGUACACUUAUGUAAUUUUCGUUUUUAUUUUUGUAUUUUCCAGUGUUCUACAAGGCAAUACACAUACUCUUCUAUACUUCACCUUAAAAUGUAUUAUCCUCUGUUGACUAUAUGAAAGUAGUAUGUUUUAACUCAAAUAAAGAAAUACUCUUUGAAAUAAACACUUAAUUGCAGCUUGUAAAAGCCCAAACUGAACACACAUUCUGCUCAACAAGUGCAACUCAAUGUCAAUAUACAGUACUGUGCAAAUGUUUUUGGCACUUAAGAUGUUUCACAAAAACAUUUGUCUUAAGAUGGUUAUUUAUAUCUUCAGUUUUAGUGUGUCAAUAGGAAAAAUACAUUUUAGAUCCCCAAACAUUACUUUUGCAAAUAGAAAAGAUUAGAAUAGAAGAACAGGGCGCACUGCAAGUGAUGACAUUGUCCCCACAGAGCCCCCCACUAAACAUCGAGUCAGUCUGGGAUUACAUGAAGAAACAGAAGCAAUUGAGACAGCAUAAAUAGAAGAACUCUGGUGAAUUCUCCAAGAAGCUUGAAACAUCAUAUCUGCCAACAACCAAGAAAAACUGUAUCCAGAAGUACCUAGUAGAAUUAGUGCUGUUUAAAAGGCAAAGGUGGUUACACUAAAUAUUUGUUUGGCUUUUGUAUGUUUACUGAACUUUGUAUGACAUGAAGUGAUAAAUGAAAACUAUUUAUGGCAUUAUUUUUGAAGACAUUACUAUGCAACAUUUUUCACAAGUGCCUAAAACUUUUGCACAGUACUGUACAUAUUUGUUAUCCACAGAUAAUUUUUUUUUUUAAGGAAUAUAAUAUUGAUUGCCCGUGACUACGGACCCACUGAACACGACUCUUGACUCUAUGGAAUCAUUGCUUUCUUUUAUUAAAAUGUCCAUUUAUACUGUUUUGUGUAUCCGAUGAAACCCAUAUACAGAAAUGCACAACUUUAUUGUUGUUUUAUGCCAUGGUAAGGCUGUUACUUUGGACAUAUACUGCUCAUUUCAUGCAGUAGCGAUGUCUGAAGAUUUCUUUAGAUAAUUAAGUUUGACUGAAACACACCGACUUGGUGAUAUGAGUUUGGAUGGUUGUGAUUUAUGUUUAUAUGUAAAGAAACUGAACAGUUCUCUUAAAUAUAUCUUCAUCUCAGUUGUUUGGAUGCUGUAUUUCCCCCAUUUUAACUGACUGGUCAGAAUGAAGCACAAACUGAUAUACUUCGAUUUGUCCAGAUGUGUUUUUUUUUUCUUUUUUGUAAAAGAGAAAUUUGCUACACUCUAUGUAAUGUUCUUGACAAUAGUUAUAAUUCAAAAAAUUUAAUAAACAUGUAUUUCAAA